GACCAAGAGAUAUACCCGACGAUGCCUCCAGUACAAGCACCAGAGUGGGAGGACCUGACGAUAAUAACGACAAUGAAUCCGAACCUAGAGGAUUUGACAGCGACAUCGAAAGCAUCAUUGUCCAUGAACGACCAGUCAUCCACAUCAACCAACUCGAAUCAGUUUCUGUAUCUGGAACUGAUGAUAGAAGAAAUGAAAGCAACGAUGAUGAAUACGAAUGGAGAGUUAGAGCUUACUCUCCCAACGGAAGUAGUGGAAGGAGAACAACAGCAACAACAUCCAGCGACGGUCGACUCAGCAGUCCUUUCGUUCGAGAACUUACCAACGGAGGAAUGCCAGUAUGGAGUGACUACGAUUUUGGAUACAGAGGAAAGCAUACGGGAUACGAGUACACUGACGAUGGAAGAGUACUCGUCUCAGAAGAAACUUGGGACCCCCAACCAGGACCAUCUAAGCCAACCAUCAGAGAGGUCGCAGGAUAUUAUUCAGAUGGGGAGUAUGACCUCUACUCCCGAGUCACUACCCCAGAUAUCUACGACACCUAUGAGCAAUGGGAUUAGUGAAGGAAUGAAGGUAGAAGGAGAGGAAGAGGAGUUAGUAAAAAGAAAGGAGAAGAAGAGGAGAAAGAACAAUAAUACAAAUAGAUGGGAAGAGUAUAGAGGAAAAGAUAAGGAGUGGGAAACGAAAGUUAGGAGAACAGAAGCAGAGUUCGGUAGUAUUAGAGGUUUAAAAAGACAGAUGAAUGAGGAUAGAGCCGAUUUGCAAGGAAAAGGUUACGACAGAACUUUGGCUUAUGCAUGGGGAAAAGCAAUAUACGAAAAGCCACAUGUCUCUUCAAUGGCUUACAGAAUAUUUGGGUCUCCGACUCGGCUAUUGGCUCUCAAAACAUACCUUUUAUACCAAGGAUGUGAAGAAGACAUAGAAACUGACUAUCUUAGUCGCGAUAAAGUCCGAAAAAUGAGCCACGACCAACUCAAGAAAGAAAACAGCCGACGAGUCACAGCCACGCAAAACUUUCGGAAAUAA